CGUGUGCAUUCCACGGCGCCCGGGAGCUGUGCCGGUGCCGACCCGCGAGCUUCCCGGCGUGCUCCGCGCCCUCCCGCAACUACUUCCGGGGCGGGUGCCGGGGGCGGUGGCCCGGCGAGGGAGCGUGGCGGCGAGCUGCUCGGGGGGUUGGCGACGGCAGCCCGAGGGCGGCGCAAGGCCUGAGGCCCAGCACAGUGAUGUCUGAGCUCAGCGAUGAAGCCAGCGAGCCGGAACUCCUGAACCGCAGCUUGUCCAUGUGGCACGGGCUCGGGGCACAGGUCAGCCGGGAGGAGCUGGAUGUCCCCCUGGAUCUUCACACAGCUGCUUCCAUCGGCCAGUAUGAAGUGGUGAAGGAGUGUGUGCAGCGGAGAGAGUUAGAUUUGAAUAAGAAGAAUGGUGGUGGCUGGACCCCGCUGAUGUAUGCCUCCUACAUUGGCCACGACACAAUCGUGCACCUGCUGCUUGAGGCGGGGGUGAGUGUGAAUGUGCCGACCCCAGAAGGGCAGACUCCACUGAUGCUGGCCUCCAGCUGUGGCAACGAGAGCAUCGCCUACUUUCUUCUCCAGCAAGGUGCAGAGCUAGAAAUGAAAGACAUCCAGGGCUGGACAGCCCUCUUCCACUGUACCAGCGCCGGACACCAGCACAUGGUCAGGUUCCUCUUGGACAGUGGAGCCAAUGCCAACGUGAGGGAGCCGAUAUAUGGAUUUACUCCUUUGAUGGAAGCAGCUGCGGCUGGCCAUGAGAUAAUCGUGCAGUAUUUUCUGAAUCACGGAGUCAAGCUGGACGCGACAGACCACCGUGGAGCCACAGCCCGGAUGCUGGCCAAGCAGUACGGACACAUGAAGAUCGUGGCCUUGAUGGACACUCACUCGCCCUCUCUGCCCAAGAGCCUCUAUCGGAGCCCAGAAAAGUACGAAGAUCUGAGCUCUUCUGACGAGUCCUGCCCUGCUCCUCAGAGACAGAGGCCGUGCCGGAAGAAGGGUGUCAGCAUCCACGAGGGACCGCGAGCCCUGGCCAGGAUCACAGGCAUUGGCCUGGGUGGCAGAGUCCCACGGCCUCGCUAUGAGCAGGCUCCUCCCCGUGGCUAUGUCACCUUCAACAGCAGUGGUGAGAACCCCCUGGAAGAAGAGGGCCUCUGCUGUCGGGACGUCACCUCCCCCAUCAAUGAGCGGGACGUGGAGAGCAGCAGCAGCAGCAGCAGCCGGGGCCCCAAGGAGUGCCCUGGUGGAGGCGGCUCAGCCCAGGGCACGCCCAUGCGCAGCACCUCGGUGAGGCCUGCAGGCGGAUGCCCUGUCUUCCCGCCCUCAGAGGAACAUGCUUUCUGUGCCAACCUGGGGCCCGUCCAGAGCAGCAGCAGCAGUGAGGGCCUGGCCAGAGCCCAGGGGCUCAGCAGCGAAGCUUCUGUGGAGAGCAACGAGGACUCGGAUCACGCCUGUAAAAGCUCAGCUAGCAAACAAGCUAAAAGUUACAUGAAGACCAAGAAUCCUGACAGCCAGUGGCCUCCCCGCACUGCACCUGACAGGGAAGGCUUUCUCGAUGAGUCCAGCCCCCAGACUCAGAAGGCCCCUUACUCAGGACCCCAGGACCUGGCCACACUGCUGGAGCAGAUCGGGUGUCUGAAGUACCUGCAGGUGUUUGAGGAGCAGGACGUGGACCUCCGCAUCUUUCUGACCCUCACUGAGAGCGACCUGAAGGAAAUCGGCAUCACGCUGUUUGGGCCCAAGAGGAAGAUGACGUCCGCCAUUGCCCGCUGGCACAGCAGUGCCCGCCCGCCCGGGGAUGCCCUGGAGCUGGCCUACGCUGACCGGCUGGAGGCUGAGAUGCAGGAGCUCGCCAUCCAGCUGCACAAACGCUGCGAGGAGGUAGAGGCCACGCGGGGCCAGGUGUGCCAGGAGCAGGAGCUGCGCGCCGUGGUGGAGAGCUGCCUGCUGGAGCAGGACCGCGCCCGCGAGGACCUCCAGGCCCGGCUGCAGGAGACGUGGGCCCUGACCCGGGAUGCUGCCCUCAUCCUGGACCAGCUGCGAGCCUGUCAAGCUGAGCUGUCAGCUCGAAUGAGGCGGGACCAGCCCCCUGGUGCAGCCACUCUGGGCCUAGCCCUCCCCCCAGCUGACUCCAAGGGCUGGCAAGCGUCCCUGCAGGCCAUGAGCCUCCCCGAGCUCUCGGGAGCCCUGGAGGACCGUGUCCGUGAGAUGGGGCAAGCACUGUGCUUAGUGACCCAGAGCCUGGAGAAGCUGCAGGUGCUGAACGGGAAGAAGUGGCGGGAGCCCUAGCCCGCAAGCCGAAUCUGACGUUGGGUGAUUGGUCCACCCUGAAGCUGUGUGCCAGGGAGCGAGGAGGACAGUGAGCAGGCAGCUGCCAUGUGCAGCCCAGGCCCAGUGGGGGCCAGAGGAUCAGGCCCCGGGAGCAGCCGGCAGACAGAGGCAAGAUGGGGGCUGCGGCCCUGGCUCGGCAGCUCGGGCCAGCACUGAGGCAGGAUGAGGGCCUCACCCAGAACCUCGUGGUGAGGCCCAGAGUUCACGGGCUGCCCUGGCCCAGACCAGGCAGGGCUCUCGGGGGAAAGUGUAUCCAUAUACACGCACAGGUGCCAGCUGAGGUGUGACCUUAGGAGUGAAGACUGGGGCACCUGGAAAAUGCCAUUUGUUGGAAAAUAAAAUUGAAGAACAGCUA